AUGACCAGCAUGUCAGCCCAAAGACCCCCAUUUGAUUGCUUGCCCUUGCGACAAGAUGGACCGGUCGGUAACGCUUGGGGUAUGUUUGGGGAUCAAGAUCAGUUGGGUAUGCUCAACCUUCUGACCACCGAGAAUACUGCUGCGGCUGCCCGUGAGAUUGUCGAAGGUAUGCGUGUCUCAACCGACUGGGCUCUUAAUAGCAUGGCUACCCCUUGCUUUGGACGAUCUGCCUUUGAACACGUUAUAAAGAACAAGGCUCCCCGGGCCGUCAACGAUGAUAUACUAGUCUUUAACACGCAGAGUAGCUCUCAAUGGGAUGGCUUUCGACACUACGGAUCGAAACAAGGAACAUACUACAACGGGUGCACGCAGGAUGACAUCCAGAACUCGACCCGCAAUGGCAUUCACGUAUGGGCUGAGAAUGGGGGUAUUGUUGGACGGGGUGUUCUCUUGGACUAUGCCGGCUGGGCAGAAGCCAAGGGACACGACGUGAAGUGCUUUGAAACUCAGUCAAUUCCAGUUUCCAUCCUUCAAGAAGUGGCUGCUAGCCAGAGAACCACAUUCCGACCCGGAGAUAUCUUGUUCAUCCGCACUGGUUGGACUCGGGCGUACGAGAGGCUGUCUCAUGCCGAAUGUCAGAAACUGGCUGCUUAUACUGCGCCUCCAGUCAUUGGAGUAGAGUCAUCAGAGCCUAUGCUGCGCUGGCUUUGGGAUCAAAGUUUCUCUGCUGUUGUGGGAGAUAUGCCGAGCUUUGAAGCAUAUCCAUGCCAGAACAUGGACUUCUUCCUUCACGAGUGGCUGCUGGCUGGUUGGGGUGUCCCGAUCGGAGAGCUUUUUGACCUGGAGCAACUGAGCCAGGAGUGUCGCAAGAGAGAUCGCUGGACGUUCUUCUUUAGUAGUGUGCCAUUAAAGAUAAGAGUGGAGAAGCCCCUCAACUUCAACUCUCCCUUAGCAUCAUCAAAUAUGGUACUUGGCAAUGCAGGCGUGUCGCGUCGGUCGGAAGACCGAUCAAGGAGAUCAAUGGUAGCAUGUAACCGAUGCCGAGGUCGGAAAACGCGCUGCGCCGGUAAUCCACCACAUCCCUGCGCUGCAUGUGUGGAGGUGGGAAAGACAUGCGUGUACUCGGAAGCAGAAAAGCGUGUCUCUAUCACUGAGAGCUACUAUCGUCAACUACAAUCACAAGCCCCAGGUACGUUGUCCACCACACAUGGUUCAACAUCUUUUAACCUCAGUGUAGAAGGUAGCCAAACAAUAAUUUCUAGUGAACCAUCAACAUCCACUCGCUAUUCCGAGAGCGAGGCGCCCCCAGAACGGGACGAUUGGUGGUACAAGGGAACAGACAACUUGUUUCUUGACCGGUCUGGAGAGCAUCAUUUCGUGGGUGCUUCAUCCACAACUCAUCUUGCCAAACGACUCAACCCCGGGUCCACCAAUCUUGCAUGGGAUGUACGGCCACUCUAUGAUGACCCUUCAUCACUAAGACGGCCAGUCGGUGGUACCCUUCCUCAGUUACCUCCUUUUGAGUUCGCCAAGCGGUUAUUUUGGGUGCAGUAUGCCUAUAUUGGCACUAUCUUCUCACUCAUCCACCCUGCAGAAUUCGAAGAAAGACUUGACCUGGUCUACCAUCAACCACUUGACCUUUCGCAUCGAGAAUCAAGUUUGGUAUAUUGUCAGACUCUACUCGUCAUUGCAUUUGGCUUGAUGUACUCUGUAAAUCAGUGGUCGGGCGAUGACGGCCCUCCGGGAUUCAAGUAUUUUAAGCAUGCGCUACGGGUUCUGCCUGAUAUCCACGAGGAGGGUUCAAUCUUCUUUGUUGAGGUGCUAUGCUAUGUAGCAUACUACAUGCAAAAUCUGAACCGACGUGAUGCUGCAUUUCUCUAUAUUGGAUUGGCCUUACGUAUGGCCAUCUCUCUAGGUCUUCACCAGGAGGUUUCAGACCCAACAAUAAGUGAGGCAGAUCGCAAUCGUCGACGCCGGGCUUGGUGGUCUGUCUAUAGCUUAGACCGGAUACUUUCAGUCAAGUCUGGGAAUCCGAUCACCAUACAUGAUGAAGACAUUGGAAUAACGUGGCCCGCAGUAGUGGAUGGAACAACUGUGGAUCCAUGGCCGUCAACAGUUCUCACUCAUUACACAAAGCUCUCCCGUAUUUUGGGACGGAUUGGAGAAGAAAUUUACCGGAAGAAGCCCGGAUCAGGGUCCAAUCUCAUUGCUUCUGUUCAGAGUAUGACGAACGAUCUUUCUGGAUGGCUACGCCAAGUCCCUGAUCGUCUCCGUAUUGAUUUCUCCACACUUGACACGUAUAUUAAUCGGGAGUCCGUAUCGAUCAAUUUACACUUUUACUCAUGUGUGAACAUGACUGCACGUCCGUUGGUAUUUUAUGUCAUUCAACGACGACUUGAUGCAGAAGCCCUUGGAUCCGCCACGGAAGACUGGAAGGAAGGGCUCGCCCCCAACACUGUUGCUGUCAUUGAUAGCUGUAUUACAGCUGCACGAGCAACCACUUUGAUAAUGGAUGCAGCCGCAAAACACAAUCUCAUUGCUACAUAUGGUUACCUUGACGGCGAGUACAUCUUCUCCGCUGCACUGUUGCUCGUCAUGGUGAACGCUGCAUUCCCGCCCAACGAAACCAGUGCACGAGCCAUGGAGACCGCACUGAACCUUCUUCGGGGCAUGGCUGAUCGUGGAAACACCUAUCUGGGCUCACGCCAUUCGCUAUUGCUGGAACUACGGGCUGCCAUUGUAACUAGGUCUGCUGCUAAUGAUACCGAUCGAGCAAGCUCGGCAGGCCUGAAGGCCCCAUUAACGCCGACAACAGAGCACGGUACGAGUAUCAUGGGGGAGAAGGAAGAUAUAGCAUCCAAGAUAGGAGCUUCGCAAGUGCUUGCUCCUGAGUGGCCACAUAACGACCUCACAUCAUUCCGGGAUAUCGCAUUUCAAUUCGACCUCAACGAUGACCCGGCACUGUGGGAAGGGGCAUUGGAUCAGAUUGAUAUUGAUAUGGAUACGGACUGGAUUGAGAAUACAUUAAAGCGGUAG